CAGUUUUAUACAUUUAGCAAUUCUUAAACAGACUUUAAGGGGUGAGUGCAGAUUACCAACCAACUAAAUUCUUUUUGAACUGACAGAUGCAGAGGAACACAAACAUUUUGGAUAAAACCAUGUCACCUUUACGGAACAUACUAAGACAAGGACAUUUUUUCACACUGGUGCUGCUGUCAUGGGCCGCUGUGGAGGUGCAGGGUGGCUGUCCACUGAAAUGCUCAUGUCCCUCAUCGCCCCCCUCGUGUCCUGCCGGUAUCAGUUCGGUUCUUGACCCAUGUGGGUGCUGUCGGGUCUGUGCCAGGCAGUUUAACCAAGACUGCAGCCCUACUGAGCCCUGCGACCACAUCAAAGGACUGCGCUGCCACCUAGGGGCUCAAGGAGACCCCGACAAAGGCUUGUGUAGAGCUGAGGCACAAGGCCGCCCAUGUGAGCUGGAUGGACGGGUCUAUCAGCACGGCGAGGACUUUCAGCCAAGUUGCGAGCAUCAGUGCACGUGUGUUGAUGGAGUAGUCGGCUGCAUCCCACUGUGCCCACACCACAUUUCUCUACCCGACUGGCCUUGUUCCCGCCGCCGCCUCACCAAACUGCCUGGCCGCUGUUGCCAGGAGUGGGUGUGUGAUGAUGACAACCGCAUUGCUGAAGUGAAUCCAUUGCCUGAUGCACAUCCACAAAAGCACACUUACCUCACAGGCAAUGAGUUACUUGUAGUUGCUCCAUCUACUUCUUGGGACAGUAGUGCAGGAGUCCCUUAUCAAGAGUGGAUUUCAUCCUCUAAGUCCCAUGCCAUCCUUCCAUCCACCUGCUUACUUCAGGUCACUGAUUGGUCCCCGUGUUCAGCCACCUGUGGAAUGGGCGUGUCCAGCCGUGUAACCAAUAAUAAUCCCGAAUGCCGGCUCGUCAGUGAAACUAGGCUCUGUCAGAUACGAGAGUGUGGCAUCCACCUUGCACCAUCACUGAAGAAAGGAAAGAAGUGUCAGAGGACCACACGACCACAGAAACCUAUGCAGAUCGAAUUUGCAGGAUGCUUCACUGCUCGCCGUUACCGGCCACGUACAUGUGGAUCCUGCUCGGAUGGCCGCUUCUGUGUUCCCUCUGUUACGCGUACGGUCCGCCUACACUUUCACUGUCCUGAGCCAGAACGAGACGACUUUACCCGCAACGUCAUGUGGAUACAGCGCUGCAGCUGCAGUCAAAGAAACAGCCGAGAAGACCUGUCAUCACAAGCAGAGUUCCUCAAUCUGCCAAACGACAUUCACACAUACACACACUGACAUUAUCUCACAUUUUCCACAGCUCAGCAUCCAACAGUAUUCUUAAUAUAUCAAUAAUGUGUAUAUAACUUAUAAAUAAGAUUUCUGAUUUAUUUGGUAUUUUGAAGUGAUACAGGGGAUAUAUGGUCAUUAUAUGUAAGUAAGUGGUAAAUUAUGACUAUAAAGCUUGUUUUACACACACACACACUUCCAUGUUCUAUCGGAACUUUCCAUAUAUGUAAUGAUGACUUUAUACUAUGCAAACUGCAUAUUCUAUCCCCUUACACUAACCCUAAACCUACCCAUCAAAGGAAAUUUCUGCAUUUUUACAUUUUCAAAAAAACGUCGCUUAAUAUGAUUUAUUAGCUGUUUUCCUCAUGGAGACCAAAAAAUGUACCCACAAGGACAAAGAUUUCAGAUAUUGCCAUCUUUGUGGGCACAUUUUGUCCCCAUAAUAUAGAGUUUACCAGGAUCUCCCCUCUCCACACACACAUUCAAAUGUUUACCAUUUUUCAUAUAAUUCAAUAUACAUACCCAUUUUUUUACUGCUGUAUAUAGUGUAAAUAUGUUCCAGUACCACUGUACAUAUCUGAAAUGUUUUUUUUUUAUUAUUUUAUAACAUUUAACAGACUUCAAUUCUGAAGUGUCAUAUUUAAACUUCAAUUUUUUGAGGUAACAAAUAUGUAACAACUACAUUUUAUGCAUAUUUUAGUAGUUUCAUUUUGUAAAAUAAAAUGUAUAACAAUGUAUGGCAAACAUUGAGAAAAUAACAGUGAAUAGAAUAAAUUAGAGCACACACUGGGUAAUAAUUUUAAUAAUGCUAUAAUAAUAAUUAUGCUGUUUUGGUGUUAUUUAAUCAUAAUAGGAAAACACCGACCAGAUCAAUAUUUAUAAAGGACUUUUGGGUUGCCACUAUUAUAUUUCUCUCCCUCAGUUCCUCUCUAUGCCUCUCUCUCUCUCACAGACAGCUGAGACUUUCAGCACUGCCACGACGAGUGAACAGGAAAUGUCUAAAUGUGUUGAGAAUGUGCAGGAUGAAAUAUGUGAUGACUGUACAAUCUCACAAUACAGAACAUUUGAGCCAUA